AUGGACAACCCUGACCAGCCUCCCGAAGGCGUAACAGACGUCCCUCCUUCUCCUUCCAACGAUGAAGAACCUUCCUCACCAGGACUUCAGCGGUCUGGGAAAAGACGCCGCCGGUCCUCAUCAAUAACGUCGUCCGACGAUGAAGAGGCCAUUGCCCGCAGACGCGAACAAGCCAGGGUUCGAAUGCAGAGGGCAAGGUCACAGGAAACUGAAGAACAGGCUGAUCGCCACAGACUUCUAAAUCGUCGACAAACUGCUGCGACACGCUCUCAGGAGACGCAUGAACGAACUCUGGAACGUAGAGACUGUGACUGCCGCCGAACUGCUGAGGCACGUUCGCAUGAGACACCUGAGCAGGCAGACCAUCGCCGAAGUCAAAGCCGUAUGCAAGUUGCCAGAGCGAGGUCACUCGAGACGCAAGGGGACACGGAGGUACGAAGAAGCCAAAAUGCUCAGCGGGUGGGAGCACCCCCGGAUGAAAAUGCAUCCGCCACAGGGCCAGAUCCCCACGAACAGCCUAUGGCCACUACGAGAGCAGGUGAGCGUACUGGUAAUUUCACCCGUAACAUACAGACCAUUAAACCAGAUAUCUGGGGUAAACUGGGCUUCCAUUACGACAGCAACUUGGACUAUCCCACUCACAGGUCCAUCACAUUAGGUGGCAUGAACGUCCUGUACUAUGCAGAGCCACCUCAGCCGCUCAAAAGCCUGCUUUCUGGCCUUUCAACUCAGGAAUCCAAGCACUUCCUCCAGAGCAUUCGCAAAUACAACAGUGCAUUCCAAAUGACAUCAUUUGGUGCGAAUGAGCAGUACAUGGACGGCUUCAUGCCAACGUUCAAGGUGAAAGGGCAAAUCUACCACAGACUUGGGUCAAUCCUUCCCCUGGCAGGCGAAGAGCACAAGUUCUUGCAAAUUUAUUUCAUGGGCGACAGCGAGCGAGAAACUAGCAGGCGGUGCGAAGUUAUUCACAACCUCCACCACGUCACUGUUGCUGACCUGCAGGCGAUGCUCCAUGCGCACAAUCCGCACAUCGUCAACAUCAAGACGCGAUUGGAUGUUGGCAAUGUCCCAGACUUGCGACUGAAGUUGAGCGCAGACCGAGCACCACAAGGUGAACACCCCGGUCGCUUCAAUGCACCCACGGUCAAUGAAGUUGCCGUUCUGAUAGCAGGCGAUGCGCAUGAAAAGAGGGACAUUGUACUGCGUUUGAGAGACGAGUCUGUGAACAGGAUAGCGGACACACACAGGUCAUACGAUUCCUUGCAAUACCCUUUGCUGCUGCCGUAUGGCGAAGAUGGCUAUCACUUCCUACAUAGGCAGGUCAAUGCGCAGACCCGUGUUCCGACGAGCAAGAAAGUGACAGCGAGUGACUUCUACGCGUACAAACUGAUGGUCCGCAAUGACUCCUUCAACACAAUCCUCAGAGGUGCUCAGUUAUUCCACCAGUACAUUGUUGACAUGUAUGUGAAGAUCGAAUCUGAACGUCUAUCCUUCAUUCGCUUCAAUCAGGCCAGUCUCCGAGCAGAUAACUACGUUCAUUUACGUGACGCCAUCAGCAAUGACGGAAAUCCUGCAAACGUCCGUCGGCAAGUCAUUUUGCCCGCAACUUUCACUGGCGGCCCACGAUACAUGAAAGAAAAGACACAAGAUGCAAUGACGUAUGUUCGAGAGCGCGGCAGGCCACAGCUUUUCAUUACCGCCACAUGCAAUCCUAAGUGGCCCGAGAUAGCUGCAGAGCUUUUUGACGCCCAGUCACCGCAUGACAGAAACGACCUCAUCGCACGUGUCUUCCGUUUGAAAUCAAAGUUGUUCAUGGAUGUCCUGACAAAAGGCGAAUUGUUCGGCCUGAGCACUUGCAACAUGCACACGAUAGAGUGGCAAAAGAGAGGCCUGCCGCACAUGCAUGCACUACUGUGGCUCCAGCAUUCAAUUCAAUCUGCUGAUGUGGAUGAUGUUGUUUGUGCGGAAAUUCCCUCGGCGGAGGAUGACCCUGUCCUCCAUGACUUGGUCAAAAAGCAUAUGAUCCAUGGACCUUGCGGUGCACUAAACACAAGCGCGCCAUGCAUGAAAGAUGGGAAGUGCAGCAAAGGGUACCCCAAACCAAUGGUGAAACACACCCAGACGGACAGGGAUGGAUACCCUCUUUACCGCAGGCGCUCCCGGGAAGAUGGCGGGUCAUUCACGGUGUUGAAAAUUAGAAACGAAGAAGUCGAAGUCGACAACAGAUGGGUUGUGCCUUACAACCCAGUCCUCCUUCGAUUGUUCAGUGCGCACAUCAAUGUGGAGGUGUGCAACUCUGUAAAGGCCAUCAAGUACAUCACAAAGUACAUCAACAAAGGUUCGGAUCAGGCAGUCUUCGGUGUCCAGAAUGAGAACGAUGAGGUCAGCAGGUACCAGACAGGUCGGUAUGUUUCCAGUAGCGAGGCAGUCUGGCCCAUUUUUGGCUUCCCGAUUCAUGGCAGGUAUCCAACAGUCACCCACCUUGCGGUUCACUUGGAGAAUGGCCAGCGAGUCUACUUCACAGAAGAGACCGCCCAUACGGUAAGUGAGAGUCCGCCAGAGACUACUCUCACUGCUUUUUUCAAGCUUUGUGCCACUGAUGCCUUCGCGAGAACUCUUCUGUACAACAGCGUGCCUUCCUACUUCGUGUGGGAUGCCCAACGGAAGAAAUUCAAGAGGCGCAAAGUCGGCACUCCUGUCCCAGGCUACGAGGGGGUCAGGAAAAGUGAUGCUCUCGGCCGAGUGUACGCCGUGCACCCAAGGCAGGCAGAGUGCUAUUACUUGCGGCUCCUUCUGCACACUGUUCACGGGCCGACUUCGUUCGAUGAUGUCAGGACAGUAGAUGACCAAGUUUGCGAAACGUACAGGCAAGCCUGUCAGCUUCGGGGUCUGCUGCAGGACGACGAGCAUUGGCUCGGUGCCUUGCUUCAGGCUGCCGAGUCCAGCCAUCCAGCUGCGAUCAGGCACCUCUUUUCCAUCAUGUCCUUCUGCGAAGUUAGUGAUCCUUUGCGACUAUGGAAUGAAUUCCGUGAGGCAAUGUCAGAAGAUUAUUUGCAGGCGGCGCGUCGACAGGAAGGGAAUGAGGCGCGAACAUUUUCUCAGAUGGAGUUCGAUCAGUGCCUUUGCGCCAUCCAGACACACCUUCUCACCAUGUGCGGUAGAACCUUGGUAAGUGCAGGCCUUCCAGACCCAUCACAGGCAAGUUCAACUCUGUCCGACCAGCCUCUUGCAAGGGAGACCAACUACGACCGUGCCGCGUUGCUUGAGCAAGUACGACAACAAGAACCGACACUAACCGACGAUCAACGUUUGGCGUAUGACGCAAUUUGUGACCAGGUACAGACAAGUGACGAUGGGUUGAUUUUCCUCGACGCACCCGGUGGUACAGGUAAGACAUACGUCACAAACUUACUUCUUGCAAAGGUUAGAUCAGGUGGACACGUUGCCUUGGCUGUUGCCUCUUCCGCAAUAGCAGCCACACUCUUGGCUGGUGGUCGGACUGCUCACUCCACAUUCGCUUUGCCCUUAGAUCUGCACCGCCUUGAGGAGCCAACCUGCUCGAUCGCCAAAGAUUCUGAGAAAGCAGCGCUCCUUCGUGAGGCUGUGCUGAUCGUGUGGGACGAAUGCACGAUGUCACACAAGCAUGCUUUCGAGGCUGUCGACAGGACUUUGCGAGACCUGCGCAGCUCUAAUUCCUUGAUGGGUGGUGUGACGGUUGUGAUGUCCGGUGACUUUCGCCAAACGUUGCCUAUUGUUCCUAGAGGCACUUCUGCUGAUGAGAUCAAUGCCUGCAUCAAGUCUUCGGCGCUCUGGCGUUCCGUGGUGGAGUACACACUUACCACAAACAUGCGAGUUCUGCGUAGCAGUGAUACCAAUGCGGGUCAAUUCUCUGCGCAGCUCCUUAAAGUCGGCAACGGUGCAAUACCCGUUCUGCCUUCAGGCGAAAUUGCGGUUCCGGGUGAUCUCGCACAGAUUGCUGCUUCCCAAGAAGACAUUGUACGAAUAAUCUACCCUGAUGUCGCGGACAAUUUUGUAGAUCCCACUUGGUUGAAAGAAAGAGCUAUCCUUGCACCUUUGAAUGACACUGUCACUGACAUGAAUGGGAUACUCAUGCACAAACUGCCAGGUGACUUGGUCCAGUACGAGUCUGUUGACACUGUCGAAGAUGACGACUCUGGUGAUUACCCUGUUGAAUUCCUGAACUCCUGUAACCCCUCAGGCUUACCAAGUCACCUGCUUCAGCUCAAAGUGGGUGUGCCGGUCAUGCUUCUCAGGAACCUGGAUGCGCCGAAGUUGUGCAAUGGAACAAGAUUGUGA